AUGGCGGCGGCAGGCUCGUCUGGCCGGGCAUCCCGCUCGCCCUGUAUCCCCGUCGGCAAGCGCCAUGACCUCUUGGACGCGGGACGGUUGUCGCCUCUCCUCCGCAUCGCAGCACGGAGCGGCCGCCUCGCCAUCGCGCACCAUCCAAGUCGCAACCAACCUACCCCUGCCAAAGGUCCGGCGGCCAGAGUCACGGACCAGUCUCCAUCCGGCAUCAGCCGAGCGCCGAGGGGCCAUCAUCUACGAUCGGGUCGAGCUAAUGGGCUGGUAGGUGUAGUUGCUAAGCUGAUCGAAAAUCCAUGGUUCAGGCACACGUGCGUCCCGAUCGACGAGCCGAUCAGCGGUCGUCGGUCCUUGCCAUGUCGAGAGCAGUAG